UUACAGUGCUGUAAACUAACGUGUCUCCAACCUUCACACGUAAAGCCUUGGCUCAGUUGGUGAGUUAUCAUACUGUUGGUGUAAUCCUCGAGUCUGCUGGCUCGAUUAUUGCGCGCUCGAGUUAAAGUCUGAAAAUGAGAAGAAAUGCUUUAAAAACAGCUCUGCAGCUCACAUGUCAACUUCUGUGGGUGGUGGGGUUGGUGGUCGGUCUGAGUGGAGUCUACCUGCUGAUGAAGUACAGACACAGCACCUUGUUUUUUAGUAACAUCUACAUCAUCCUGCCAGCUGUCUUUGCACUCACCAGCGCUGUGUUCCUAUUGGCCAGCGGAUGCCUCGGCUCCUGGCUGAGCCUCAGGGAUUCCACCUUUCUGCAGGGGCUGUUUGUUUAUCUGCUAGUUGUGGCCUUUUGUCUGGAAAGCACAGCUUCAGCGUUGGCUUAUUUCCACUCUAUAAAGCUGGACUCAGAGAUAGCACCCCUUAGUGAAGUGUUUCAGAAGUACACAGGCAGCAGCCAGGACCCCAACUCUCGUGCUGUGGAUUCUACACAAGAAGAGUUGCAGUGUUGUGGUGUCCAUGACUACAGGGACUGGCUAAAAACCUCCUGGUUUAACCAUACAGGAGGACUCUGUGUUCCUCACAGCUGCUGCAACUCUACUUUCCCCUCCUGCAAUGGGACUGUGAAUCAACCGUGGCAGCUUAACCAACAGGGUUGCCAUGUGAAGCUGGAGGUGACCUUACAGUUUGUGCUGAGUUUUAUCAUCUGGUGUUCCCUGCUGGUUUUCCUGGUGGAGGUUGUUUUGAUUCUGACGGUGACACAACUGAUGAGUGAUCAACCAUUUAUGGAGCAUCAAGUGUGGGACAAAACGUAAAGACAUUGUGAUAGAUCGGAUAGAGCUGCACUUUGCACAGAUAUUAUAAUACUAUGUUGUUUAUCAUAUGAUAUUGUCUACAAUAAGUGCAAAAAAAUAUUACUGUACCCACACUACUGCUGCUGGGCAAUACACUUUGUUACUUUGGUACAUUACUUACCAAUUUAUAAUCUAUCUAUCUAUCUAUCUAUCUAUCUAUCUAUCUAUCUAUCUAUCUAUCUAUCUAUCUAUCUAUCUAUCUAUCUAUCUAUCUAUCUAUCUAUCUAUCUAUCUAUCUAACUAUCGACCUAUCUAUCAACCUAUCUAUCGACCUAUCUAUCUAUCUAUCUAUCUAUCUUGUCAACAUAAAGAUGGGAACAUUUAAGAUCAAUAUAGAUUACACAUACAUAUUUUUAUUUUUAUUUUGGAAAGCUAUACAGAAUUUUAUAAAUAGGAAAAUAGUUAUUGGUUUUCAAUUUUUCUACAUGUUCUUCAUACAUUUUCUAUACACCACCUAUCCUGUUUUAAGCAGUGUCGAAGGUAAUUUCUGGAAAUGUUUGAAAACUUUCUUUCUCCAAUAUUAACAGCAAAUAUGUGGCAAUUAAGAAAACUGUAAUAUUGUGUUAACUAAGAUGUACUGUAUGGAAGAACAGUUCAUUUAAUUGUUCAUUUUACCUUUAUACAUCCCCUUAUUAAAGCCAAGUAUAUAACUACUUAAAACAAAAUGAUUUUGAAUUAAUGAAUA